CUGGCCGCACAGCCUGGCUGCGGCUCCGGCUUGGGGUUCCUCGGGCGAGGAUGGAGCAGUAGCCAAUCCUCUUUUUCCUCGCAGGACUCGCCUGCGGUGGUACUGACCAUGAGCUCCGAGCGUAGGGAGCAGGCGGCGCCCCGGUCUGACGGAGGGGGCUGCGCCUGUGGCCGCCGGGGCAGCGGCGGAGGUAGCUGGCGCCUCUUCCUGGGCUUCUUCGCGCUCUCGCUUGCGCUGCACCUCCUUACCCUGGGCUGCUACCUGGAGCUGCGUUCCGAGCUCCGCCGGGAGCGGGACCCCGAUCCCACGCCUUCUCCCCGUCACGGGGGUACCGCGGUCGCCCCGGGCUCCUCUGGCUCGGCCCGCCUGCAGCGCUUCGCCGAACCCACGGACCGCCGCCAGCAGCUGGCCUUGCUGAAUUUCUUCCUCCCUGAAGAAAAAUUGCAUCUUGAAGAAGAAAAAUUGCAUCAUGUCCGCCGAACUAAAAGGAGUAAAAGUAGUGAAGGACCUGAUGGUCCAAGUUCAGUUAAAAACAAGAAAAAGGGUAAAAAGGCUGGUCCUCCAGGACCCAAUGGUCCUCAAGGGCCACCAGGACCUCCUGGACCCCAGGGCCCCCCAGGAAUCCCAGGGAUCCCUGGAAUUCCAGGCACAACUGUAAUGGGACCUCCUGGUCCUCCUGGUCCUCCUGGCCCCCAGGGACCACCUGGGCUUCAGGGCCCUUCAGGUGCCACAGACAAAGCUGGCUCCAGGGAGACACAGCCAGCUGUGGUUCAUCUCCAGGGCCAAGGGUCAGCAAUUCAAGUAAAGAAUGAUCUUUCAGGUGGAGUGCUCAAUGACUGGUCUCGCAUCAUUAUGAACCCCAAGGUGUUUAAGCUGCAUGCACGCAGUGGGGAGCUGGAGGUACUGGUGGACGGCACAUACUUCAUCUAUAGUCAGGUAGAAGUGUACUACAUAAACUUCACAGAUUUUGCCAGCUAUGAGGUGGUGGUGGAUGAAAAGCCAUUCCUACAGUGCACCCGGAGCAUUGAGACAGGCAAGACCAACUUCAACACCUGUUACACAGCUGGGGUCUGCCUCCUCAAAGCCAGGCAGAAGAUUGCAGUGAAAAUGGUCCAUGCUGACAUCUCCAUCAACAUGAGCAAGCACACAACUUUCUUUGGGGCCAUACGGCUAGGAGACGCACCAACAUCUUAGAUGAACUUGGCAUAUACAUGGAGUCUCCCAGAACUGCACAGUGCUGCUUUUCAUAAGAAUAUGAGGGGGUUCUAUAAUCCAGCCACAAAGAAAACUGAUCCAGAGCUAUUUAUUUCUUUACGUGGAUACAGGAAGAGUAAGGUCACCUGUGAUUUGCAUGGAGACUUGUAUUGGAAAGGCAGUUGAGAAAGCAUUGUGAGGAAAAAGGCUAGCAUGUCCUUUCUUGCCUCAGUGUUUCAAGUAUUACUGCACUGAUAUUCUGCUCUGUGGUCCUCACCAGAGAUUUGUGGUGAGAAUGAUAUGGGUUUCCUGCUUUUAUGUUGCACUAGCUAUAGCAUCCAUGGCAGUGGCAGAAGGCAAGAAAAGACAGAUUUUCUGAUGAGUUGUUCUCUCUAGGCAUUCAUGCACUGCUGCCUUUGCACACUGAGGGCAAGAAAUCUGUGGGGUUUCUCCACCUACGAGGGAAAAUUCUAUUUUAGGGCAAUGGCGUUGCAGUGUGAAAGGUGAGAAUGAGCCCUAGUCAGUGGUGUUCAUCCUCUGGACUGUAAGAAUAAGUAGGUUGAGUACUUCUGUACCAGGCUUGGAAGCAGGCUGCAAAUGUAAUGAGCAUUUGAUGAGCAUUAAAACAUAGUCACAAAAUAAAAUGAUACCACAUAAAAAACUCUCUCAGCAUUUUGCAAGCCCAGCAUUGAGAUGCUCUAGGCAGCAAUGACCACAAGAUGUUUCAGUGCCACUGGUACUUUUAAGCUCCGGCCACGUGCCCAGAGGUUUAAGUUGCUCUAAUGGGCACUUCCUGGAAGUGGUGGUGUUGCAACAGCAACUUGUGAUUUUACAAAACUAACGUGUUGCAUAUGAGGAAAUAUUUACAUAGGCUUCAUAGUGCAGCAUGCUGCAAACACGGAUACUCACUCUCUCACACACACACACACACACACACACACACACACACACACACACACUCACUCUCUGCAGCAUCCACUGAAAUGGGUAUUUUUACGAUUAACAUAUACAAGCAAACAUAAAUCUUUUCUGUGUUAUUGGCAAUUAUGUGCUGGGUUUUAGGUGCUUUAUUCUUUUUCUAUACUAGUGAAGAAUCUUUCAUUUCUUGUCUGCCCUUCUCUAUCAGAAAGACAGUUAAUCACCACUUAUUACACUAUUUUCCAGCACGACCUGUACUGAAAACUUUGGUCCAAUGCAUACACACCCUUCCCACUUCUCUUUUCUCUGGACUCGACUGAUUCUAUUCCCAAUGUGCCUUUUAGGCAUUAAUGGAAAAAUUAGAAGACUGUGUUUCUUCAGGCUUUCUGAGCAGCUCUUUCCUACUAUUUCCAUUUGACUGGUGAGAUCUAAAUCUAAGAGCUGUACUUGAAGUCGGGAAGGGGAAAGGGCUUUAUUCACUCCUCUGUAUCAUACCCUUUUAAAAAAAAUAAACUGGCCAUCUUUGAACAGAGCUUUCCCCCAAAAUACAGAUUAUAUAUGGGAGGGUGAUAGCUCAGUCAAUAUAUUAAAAUAAAAAUGAAUUUCUGGAGAUUGGAAGAAAAUCCUAAACAGACAGCCUGGUGCUACCUUCCUUUUUACCAAUAAGGGCUACUUGACAGCGAUAACCUAUUGGCAUUUGAAAAUGACCCUCUAUCAGCACCACAAAGGCAGUAAUUGGAUUGGCCAACUAAGGUUCCAACCUAUACUCUUCAGCCCAGAGUACCCUUAGCUUCACUGUUCUUCCUCAUUCAUAAUGAGCGAUGUCAAUGUGUAAGGAGAAAAGCACCUUCCAAAGACUGCCAUUCCUAUGAGAGAAAUGCAUCAUAGGGGGAACUAGCCUUUGAGUUCAGGCCUCACUACUCAUUGGAGGGGUAUAGUUAUGCCAUAAGUGCAUGACAAAUUCCCUAUUACUCUUUUCUUCAUAUGAUCUGCCUCCUUUCCAGCCUCAACAUGUUGGACUAGCAUGAGCAUUAGGACAUUUAACUAGUUUUCAGCGGUUUGUUUCCCUCAGAAUCAAUUGGAAAGACAUAUUUUUCUGAUAACAAUGAAGUUGGGAAAUGUGUGUGAUGGGAACCUCUGUUAACCAACUCAUUAACAAGUAUAUUUUCGAAUACAGUCUACUUAAACGACAAGACUAGGGACAAGCAAAAGUAGUGAAAUGACAGGGAAGAGCAUGAUGGAGUUAGUUAUGCUCUUGUGUCCCAUUCUGCUAGGCCCCAUGAUUCCCAGUUGAAUGAUAAGGCUUCCACUAAGCAGCAAUAUUCCAUCUGUGCAAAGGCAGAACACUCACUGUGGGAGCACCAUGUAUCUCUGUCUAGCCCUCCUCCUGGCAUGUACAUAGAACAGCAAUGAAGGACUCCGGAAGGAACAGAAUAGCGCCUUCCUCAUCAGCUUUAAUUUCUUGUAUGUUCAGUUAGUGGAAUGCACCUUUUCUGAUUUUGCAUUACAUCAAAUGGUGAAUUCAGUAUAACUUGAGUUCCACAGCAUCGAGCACAGGAGACUGGGGAGCACAUGACCUGAAGAACUCUGAUAGUAUGUUAGGGCCAUAUUCAUCACUGGCAUAAGUGAAUAUAAUUACAUGAGAGGGUGAAUUGAGCCAUAAAGAACAUUUUUAUAAAUGAAAACCAAAUGGCUUCUCUAGCAGCAAAAUCUCAUUACUGGAGUAUUAGACUACAUUAUUAAAAUGACGAACUUAUUGCAAGUUCACCUAGGUCCGGGUGGGCAAACUACGGUCCGGCCUGCGAGCCAUUUUAAACCGGUCCGCGAGCUGCUGCUAGGGAGCCAGGUCGGGAUGGCACCACGCGGCUCGGCCCCUCUCUGGCACUCCAGCCGGGGCGGCAGGUCGGGGGCCACACCAUGCAGCUCGGCCCUACUCCGGCUCCCUGGCUGAGGCACUGGGUCGGGGGCUGCACCAUGCAGCUCCUGGAAGCCACGGCAUGGCCCUGCUCUGAGGGUCAGGGGCCGCUCCACACCUAGGAGCCGGAGAAAGGACAUGUCACUGCUUCUGGGAGCCGCUCGGAGCCUGCACCCCAAGCCUCUCCCCACGCCCCAACCUCUUGCCCCAGGCCUGAUCCCCCUCCCGCUCUCCAAACCCUUUGAGCACGGAGCACCCUUCUGCACCCCAAACCUCUCAUCCCCAGCCCCACCGCAGAGCCCGCACCCCCAGCCGGAACCUGACCCCUUCCUGCACCCCUGCCCCAGCCCUGAUCCCUCUCCAAACCUCUCGGUCCCAGCCCAGAGCACCCUCCUGCACCCCAAACUCAUCCCCAGCCCCACCCCAGAAUCUGCACCUCCAACCAGAGUCCUCAUUUCCUCCCACACCCCAACCCCAAUUUUGUGAGCAUUCAUGGCCCGCCAUAUAAUUUCUAUUCCCCAAUGUGGCACACAAGCCAAAAAGUUUGUCCACCCCAACCUAGGUUAUAGCAUGGAUUCUUUCUGAGACAUCUCAGGGCCCCUGUUUAAUUUUCUGAUGGUGCAAAGAAAGGAGUUGAGCAGAAGAGGUGUGAGACCAGAUUGUAGUCAGCAGGGCGAAAAGAGGCACUGUGAGAGAGUUUAACAAGAUACGAGGGAAAAUAGGGGCUUGCUUCAGUCAUCCACUGUGAUGUCUUCUGACAGGCGUCAGUUGCUAAUCAGGUUGAGAAAAGUGAGUGCUUCGUUAAUGGACAAAUGUCGAGCAUAUCGGGAAUUCUGGUGUGUAGUGCUGUGCUCUGCAAAUGCAGCCCCUGCUGCCUUCCUGUUUGUGUCUCAGCCUUUUCCCUUUGAGUGGCAAUCUACUUCCUCCGCCCUUACCAGUGAGCCUUAACUGUCAUUUUAUUGCUAGCUGGACCCCAGUUGCAGAAAAGUAGCAAAUGGUUACUGAUUUAUAAUAUACAAUUGUAAACCUCCAAAACUCUUUCUGUGGAGACAAUUUUUAGAGAAACUGGAAAAGCUGCUACAGUCAGGCCAUUGUUAAAAGAAGCUAAUAUCUGCAGUAGAUGCCUUUAGUUGUGAGCUGAUUACCAGAGAAUGAUUGACCUGCUGCCUUUGCUAUCCCCAAGUGCCUUUCUUACACAGAUAAGCAGGUUGCCUUUUUAACCUAUUGAGGUCUCAAAUAGCCCUGCUCCUACUGACAGUCAUGCCUGGUCAUCACUAGACUGCGAUGUUCCUCUUAAAGAACACUAGAAAUUAAAAUGCUUUGCUGGAAGAGUGCCAGCAUUUGUGUUUAGAAAAGCAUUCUGAAUUGAACAAAUGAAGCUAGAUGGUUCAAUUUUUCUCACAACCAUGGGGGAGCCAUCACAGGUUGGGAGAUCCCCCUCAUCUCUGCAAUUCUGCCCUUUUAUCCCUCUUGGGAGAGACAGUGAAGAAGAGAAUUAGUGUCAAGCUUCCAAAGCUGUCCAGCUACUUACUGGUCUUUCCAGUUUUAGUGCCCAUUGCCUCCUGCCCCGAAAUAGAAUCCUGUUGCUAUUCUCCAGCACACAGCAGCAUUGCCACAAGUUUCUAGAGCAAAGAGAAGCAAUUAUGUAUUUUAUGGUAGCCUAAAGGUCACCCCACUGAAUUGAGGAUUUAUCCACAAGUGCUGUGUUCAGGCUAGGCAUCUCACUGAGAUGCUUUCAAAUCUGAUUGGAAUGCAGAAAAGCUGCAAAUAAGUUUGACUGCAGGCUAAACACUACUUGCUGCAUACAGAAGCUCACUCACUGUUGAAACAAAUAGCAGUGUAGUACUGGUCUCAUUAUUCUGUGCCUCCAUCUCUUCCAGCUAUCUCUUCUGAGAGCAGACUGUGCCUGUUGGGAGCAUUGGGAACAAAACCUUGGUGACUUGGAAUAAGCAGUGCCAGCCAUCUAGUUUUUGCAGGCUGAAUCUGAGUCCCAUUAUUCAGCAAGGUCCCUCCCCCCUUUUUAUUACCCCCCCAUCAUCCUGCAGAUAAGUGUUUCUGGCUCCUGGAUUGUAUACUCUACCCACUUGAGUUUGCAAUAGGAAGCAAUAAUGUAUUUUGUUGCCAUUGUUGAAUACCUUUACAAAUGUACCCCCUACAAGAUGAGGUUUGUGUGUCAUUUCCUUUAAUUGAGUAAACGGUUUAUGAAUCAUUGCUUCCAGCAAACCUCCACUCGGGCUCGUUAAUGAAAAUAUUAUGGCAGAGGAGUUUUGGUCAAAGAUACAGCAACUCCGAGCCCAUCUUACUGUUGUGUGAGCUGCACAGUGAUACAGUGAUGCUGCGCUGUGAAUCAGCAUCUUCAUUCAAGACACUAUCUGUAUAUAAAAUAUACAUAAUGUAUAUAAACUGGGAUGUAAGUUUAUGUAAAUUGUCAGUAUUUUCUUUGCAAAUAAAGCUUUUUCCUGAUCUGA